GCGAUGAUGGCACGAAUAAAGAUGCCACGAGCACAGGCAAGCUGAACCAAGAGAACGAGCAUAUCUACAACCUCUGGUGCUCUGGUCGGGUGUGCUGUGAGGGCAUGCUUAUCCAGCUUAAGUUUCUCAAGAGGCAAGACCUGCUGAAUGUGCUUGCUCGCAUGAUGAGACCAACCUGUGACCAAGUGCAAAUAAAGGUUACGAUGAAUGACGAAGAUAUGGACACCUAUGUGUUUGCUGUUGGGACAAGGAAAGCCUUGGUGCGGCUUCAGAAGGAGAUGCAGGACUUGAGCGAAUUCUGCAGCGAUAAACCCAAGACUGGGGCGAAGUAUGGACUCCCAGAGUCAUUAGCUAUCCUGUCAGAGAUGGGUGAGGUCACAGAGGGAAUUAUGGAUACUAAGAUGAUCCAUUUCCUCACGCACUACGCUGACAAGAUCGAGUCCGUCCAUUUUUCGGAUCAGUUUUCUGGUCCAAAACUUAUGCAAGAGGAGGGUCAGCCUUUGAAACUGCCUGAAACCAAGAAGACACUAUUGUUUACUUUUAAUGUGCCUGGAUCAGGCAACACGUCCCCAAAAGACAUGGAGGCUCUGCUGCCUCUGAUGAACAUGGUAAUUUAUUCCAUUGACAAAGCAAAAAAGUUCCGUCUGAACAGAGAGGGUAAACAAAAAGCAGAUAAGAACAGGGCGCGUGUAGAAGAGAAUUUUCUGAAACUCACCCAUGUGCAAAGGCAAGAGGCAGCUCAGACUCGCCGAGAGGAGAAGAAGCGGGCUGAGAAAGAGAGGAUCAUGAAUGAGGAGGAUCCAGAGAAGCAGCGCCGCCUGGAGGAGGCUGCUUUGCGACGGGAGCAGAAGAAACUUGAGAAGAAGCAAAUGAAGAUGAAGCAGAUCAAAGUGAAAGCCAUGUAGGGGGAGGGGUAAACGCUGCAGGAAACCCCUUUCUUAGUGCCAACCGUAGAAUUUCAGUUUGCUGCCUACAAAUGAGCUAAUUAUGUCCGUGAUCUUAACAAUUGCCCAUUGAGAACUGCAUUUGACCUACCGCUUAGUUGCAUACGGAGUUAUACUUGGAAGCAUUUUCUGUGGACAUGUCAGCGUGGAAAGGUUAUUGGAACUGGUUACCAUGGAGCUUUUCCUGGAUCAGUCACAGGGUUAUGUCUGGAAAUGGGUAACCAGUUCUGAUGUAACAUUUUCAUUAUAGACGCACUGGACUGCUUCAAAAAGUGAUCUCGCAAACACCAAAGCGACCCUGCAGUUGGCAGCACAAGAGAGAUCCUUUGCCUCGGCACUCCCAGCUGUUGGGUUACAAUCCUGGCAACUGCUUCAGUCCCGUUUUAUGUUAAUGGGGCUACUAAUAAAUAUUUUUCAGGAUUGCAGCCAGUGUUCUGGUUUUAUGUAACAUGCAGAUGUGUGUGUAUAUAUAUAGAGAGAGAGCUUUGCAAUUGUCUUCCAUCCUGCUGGGGUUGCUCCACACCCCCCCCCCAUUUUGGAUGACACUGCGGAAACUUUUGAUAGUCCUUGGGUUCGGUCUACUACUAGUUUCUUUAAAAAAAAAAAAAAGUAUGUACCAGCAAAUGCAUAAGCACUUUGAUUCUGUUUUGAGGCUUGGGGGCAAAAUAAAGAAUUACAAUACUCUGUUUUAUAUAUAUUUAAAAAAACAAAACCUCACUGUAGAAAGAAUAUCCACUCCUUUCAUUAUCAGUGCAACUUUUUUUGUUGUUUAAUUGCUUGAUGCUAACUUAUAUUAAUCCCUGACCUGGAUGGCCCAGGCUAGUCAGAUCUCAGAAGCUAAGCAGGGUCGGCUCUGGUU